CUUACAGUUCAGAUUUUUAUUAAAUUUUCCCCUUUUUCGUUUGCAAUAUUCGAAAUUUUUUCAAAAUUCGAAAAUACGCCGUAAAUUUUUGUCAGAGGGCAAACCUCUGCGUUGCGUCACCAUGCUCAAAUUUUCCAUCGAGCCUUAGAUUUCGCUGCUAUGCGGACAAAUGCAAAAGGAAGAUGGAACCCAAGAAGUUCCAGCUGGACCGUGGGCCCUACCUCUCCCAGCUGGACUACCAAUCCCGCCUUCAGUUCCAAGCACCAGCUUGGAGGUUACCCCUCACCAGCAUCAUAUGCACCAUUGGACCCUCAUCCAACCAGCCGGAAGUUCUCCUCGAACUUAUUCGUGCCGGGAUGAGGGUGGUCCGACUGGACUUGUCCCAAGGCAGCCACAGUUGCCACUGCCAGGCCAUCCAGGCGGCUCGUAAGGCCAUCUCCAUGUAUGUGGAGGAAACGGGUCUUCCCCGAAGCUUGGCCAUCGCCCUGGACACCAAGGGCCCGGAAAUCCAUCCACAAGGCAUUCCGGUUGACUUACCCUCCAUAAGCGAGCAAGACAAGCUGGACCUCGAGUUUGGUGUGGAUCAGAAGGUGGACAUGAUCUUUGCGUCGCUCACUAGCGAUGCCAGAGCUCCGAGGGAAAUUCGCCAAGCACUGGGUCCAUCAAGUGAGCACAUAAAGAUCAUUUCCAAAAUCGAGAGCCGAGAGGGUCUGGCGAACGUAGAUGAGAUAAUCCGCGAAUCCGAUGGCAUAAUGGUGGCCCUUGGCAAUUUGGGCAGCAAAAUACCACUGGAGGCUGUGCCGCUGGCGCAGAAAUCGAUCGUGGCCAAGUGCAACAAAGUGGGAAAGCCUGUAAUCUGUGCCAACCAACUGAUGAAUUCGAUGAUAACCAAGCCACGUCCCACUCGCGCCGAGUCCUCGGAUGUGGCAAACGCGAUCUUUGAUGGUUGUGAUGCUGUGAUGUUGUCCGAUGAAACGGCCAAGGGUAAGUACCCGGCGCAAUGUGUGCAGUGCAUGGCCAGAAUCUGCACCAAAGUCGAGUCGAUUCUAUGGUAUGAGUGCCUUCAGAACAACCUCAGAAGGGAAGUCCGGAUCAAGGCCGCCAAUCACAUUUCGGCGGUAACCACGGCAAUUGCAGAGGCAGCUACGGUGGGUCAGGCUCAGGCCAUAGUGGUGGCCAGUCAGUGCUCCCUUGUGCCCCAGAUGGUCAGUCAUAUGAGGCCGCCGUGUCCCAUCGUGAUGCUCACCGGCUGCCAACAUAGGGCCGCUCAAUCCUCGCUCUCUCGGGGCGUUUUCCCACUCCUCGUCAAGGAAAUGGUUUACGGCAGCCUAAACUACUGUCGCAUCAUGCAAUCGGGCCUAAAGAUGCUGGCCAAGAUGGACAUCCUGGAGCCAGGCCAAAGGGGAACAGUGGUGCUGGUCAACGCCAUGUCGGCAGACAUGCUCACCUUUCGGCUUUUCACUUUUGUACAGCCAACUGAGGCAGACAGAGAAGAAGAACGCUGCCGAAAAUUGGCCAGAAAGCAGCGAUGCCAGGAAAUGAAAGUGGCUUUAAGUAAACCCUGUUCAGAUCUAAAGAGCCGUAAGACUGAAAUAUCUACGAAGCCCAAAGAAAAUGAAGAAUGUCCAACGCACGAAGAAGCCUCAAAAUGUUUUCAGCUGGAAAAACAGAGUGAGCAGAAACGGAGCAAAGACUUUGUAAUGGCCAAAGAAGGGAAAAAUAUCUGUUCAACAGAAGAAUUUCCCAAAAAGGACCACGAGACCUUGAAAUGCUUAAAGCUGAAGAAUGAAACUCAAGCUCAAGCGGAAGCUAAGAUAAAACGGAUGGAAGAACCCAAAAAAGCUCAAGAUUUUCGAAAAAACAAUAAAUCCUGUUCAAAUCUGAAGAGCAGUAUGUCUGAAAUAUCUAUAAAGCCCAAAGAAACGAAAGAAUGCCCUAUGCCCGAAAGAGCGUCGAAAUGUUUGCAGAUGAAAAAACAGAGUAAGCUAAAAAAGCACGAAUAUUUGGCAAUAACCAAAGAUAAGAAAUAUAUAUGUUCAACUAAAAAUAAAGAAAGUCCAGAAAAAAUGAAGAAAGAAAAACAAGCUCAAUCCAAAGCUGAGAUGAAACGGUUGGAAGAUCACAAAAAAGCCGAAGAUGGUCGAAAAUAUAAAAAGGCGCUAAAGGAUAGUCUUAGCAUUAAAAAAACAGAAGAUAAUGCCUCAAGGUGCAAUAAGAGGAAAAAAGGAAGUCUAAAGAAGGAUAAGUGCAGAGUAGUCAAAAUUCCGAGGACAUCCCAAGAAAAGGAUAAUUAUAGUCUGAAGAAUGAAUUGAUUAGAAAAAACAAUAAGACCUCAAAUCCAGAAAAGAACAUAAUUUUUCAGGCAGAAUCUGCAAGCACACACUACAAAGAGUUGGAAAAGUCCUGGGAUAUUAUUCUCGAAAACUGCAAGACACUAAAACUCGAAAACUGCAAGACAGUAAAACUCGAAAACUGCAAAACAAGAAAUCUUGAAAACUGCAAAGCGAUCAAGCUCGAAAACUGCAAAGCGAUCAAGCUGGAAAACUGCAAGCAGCCGAGCAGACAUAGGAAAACCACGGAUCGCAGUAAAAAAGUGUGAAGGUGUAUGAUGCAGAUGUCGUACAAGGUUGAAGCCGUUCCCGAUGCCCACGCCGACCUGGGCGAGGGUCCCCACUGGGAUGCUGAUAGCCAGAGUCUGUACUAUGUGAACCUCGAAUCGGCAGGCAUUCAUCGCUACGAU